CUCUGUGGCAUGACGCACUGCCGUCAAGCGAAAAACUGGCAAAAUGUAACAUGCAAGUAGAAGCCAUACACCAUUUUCUGUGAAUGGUAGGUGAAGAAAGUGUAUAGGAAUACGUAUUUCGUGGGUUAAAUAUGAUGCGUAAAAUAGACGCAGAGGAGAAAUACCAAGAUCCGUGAAACUUUCUGCGCGUAAAUGUGAAAGGAAAAUCAACUUUGGGAGGUGCAAAAAUGUUUUUGAGUCGAACGGAAAAGGCGCAUUGAGAAAGUGCAAGACGCUAUUCUGUAUUGAUGAUCAUCGACAGGCGCACAUUUAAGCGACGGCGACACAGACGGAAGAGAAAGCACACAGUGAGGUAAAUAAUACAGGAUAGUGUGUGAACCCCACGACUGGACAAGCCCUUUAGACCCGCUCAGCAAUCGAAUAAUAUCCCCACUGAACUUGGGGAAAGGGAAGACAAUGGACAUCUAGCUUUACGCAGGACAACUGGCUGACCAUAUGCUUCAUCUCUGCUACAAGCAACAGAGAAGUGCAACCACACGUAUACUGUGUUUAAAUGAGAGAUGCUUCGUCUUGUUAUGGCAAACAACGUUAUCUAAAGGACGGUGAUAAAGAUACGUUAUCUAAAGGUCGGCGAUACAGAUAAAUACAGCCAGCUAAUGUGGCCAAAGCACUCUGUCAAUCUACCCCAGCGGCAACACGGUCGCCUUAUCUCACAGCGAAGCAGGAGACGAAAGGACACUUUCAGCGUUUACAUUUUCAUAUCUACCUCUUACCAAUAUGGGCGAGAAAGUCGACUCGAGUCGAUCGACUCCGGUGGACGGCUGUCUGGUGGACGGGGAGAGCAGAAACCUCAGCGUGCUCAAUUGGGAACAAGUGCAGCGCUUGGACGUGAUCCUGGCUGGGUCCAUCCCCAUCCACGGCCGCUGGAACUUCCCAACCCUGGAGAUUAAACCGCGGGACAUCGUCAAAGUGGUCCGGUGUCGCAUGGAGGAGAAACGGAUACAUGUCCGAGAGGUCCGUCUGAACGGUUCCGCGGCGAGCCAUGUUCUACAUGAGGACAGCGGGUUAGGAUGGAAGGAUCUGGACUUGAUAUUCUGUGCUGACCUGAAAAGUGAGAUGGAGUUCCAGACGGUGAAGGAUAUAGUUCUGGACGCUCUGCUAGACUUCUUACCCGAGGGAGUGAACAAGGACAAGAUAACGCCAGUGACCUUAAAGGAGGCCUAUGUACAGAAGAUGGUGAAAGUAUGUAAUGACUCAGACCGCUGGAGCCUAAUCUCCCUCUCCAACAACAAAGGCAAGAAUGUGGAGCUCAAGUUUGUGGACUCUCUGCGUCGCCAGUUUGAGUUCAGUGUGGACUCCUUCCAGAUUCGCCUGGACUCCCUUCUCCUCUUCUACGAGUGCUCCGAGCACCCCAUGGCUGACACCUUCCACCCCACCAUCCUGGGAGAAAGUGUGUACGGGGAUUUCCCCGCGGCCCUCGACCAUCUACGCAAACGCCUCAUCUGCACGAGGAACCCUGAGGAGAUUCGUGGUGGUGGUCUUCUGAAAUACUGCCAUCUGCUGGUCCGGGGUUUCUGCGCAGCUUCCGGAACCGAAAUGAAAAUUCUGCAACGCUACAUGUGCUCUAGGUUCUUCAUAGACUUCCCAGAGCUGGGCGAACAGAGGAGGAAGCUGGAAUCUUACCUCCAGAACCACUUUGUGGGUCUCGAAGACAGGAAAUACGACUAUCUGGCCACUCUGCAUGGGGUAGUGCAGGAGAGCACAGUGUGCCUGAUGGGCCACGAGAGGAGACAGACACUGGGCCUCAUCUCCUCCCUGGCCCUUCGGGUCCUUGCAGAGCAGAACGUCAUCCCUAAUACGGCCAACGUCACCUGCUACUACCAGCCUGCCCCUUAUGUGGCCGACAGCAACUUCAGCAACUACUACGUGGCCCAGGUGCAGCCUGUUUACCCUCACUACCUCCCUCCGCAGUACCCCCAUCAACAGUACCCCCCUCAGCAAUACCCCAAUCCACACCAACCGCCUCCCCACCACCCCAUGUACACUGCAUGGAUGCCCUGCAACUGAGUGUGAGAUAGUGGACACACACAGUCACUUAUGGAACAAUGGAAUUCUCAUCCUAACUAAUGAAUGAAUCACAUGAUGAUGGUGGAUCCUCUUUUUAUUCAAACAGAGACUCAAAGAGAGGCAUAUUCUUGCUUUGGCUAUGAGCAGGAUGCAGAGGAGAGAAGGAGAGAGGCCACUUGGAUGUGGUCUGACCCUGGAGAGAAGGCUUUCAUCCAAGGCAGAAAACCAGUGGUGGAGGACAGGAGGGCAAAAGGGAAGGGAGCCAGGAGAAGGCUGAGCUAAGAUGAGGCUGAGGUUGAACCCAGGAGGCCAGUCGGUCCAUGGCGACCAGCCAGUCCUAGGAGACCAGGCUAAACUCCUUGCUGGACAACCAAGCAUUCGGCUUAGGGCUGAAUACUACCAGUGUUGAUGAUGCAGUGAAAUUAUGUAUGUAACCAUUGUGUUAGUGGUUAUGUUUUUGCAAGCAAUGGCUUGGAUUUGAGACUCACUCUUAAAUAUACACCCACCUACAGUAUACUCCCUAACACUCAUACAUGCAUAAAAACAAAGACACACUCUCACACACCAUACAGUGCAUACAAGAGACAUGUACAGUACAUAGGCAAACACUGAGUGUAUUGUGUAGGAAAGCGAGAGACUUCGGGAAGAUGUGGACACGUCCUGAUUGGCCACGAAGACCUUGCGUUGACCUUUUUCUGACCAGUGAAAAUAAGAAGUAAGGCUUACCCCAGACAAUGCAAAAGAAGAACUGGACAUUGUUUACAAACCAAAGAUCUUUUAGAGACCCACAUUUUGGCUGAUCAAGGAGAAGAAGAAGAAAAAGCAACAAAAAAAAUGCAAUAUGUUGAUGUGAAUAUUUUUGCUUUAAGUGCCUACAUGUCUAAAAGGAAGAAACAGGUUUUUGUGAAUAUUUUGUGAAUAAACCCAGACUUGUUAAUUUUAGACAAAGGACCAUGAGCCUUUUUAAGGAUGAUGGUGUGUUACUUGUGUCAAUGAAUGUAUUUUAAACCAGAGAGGGACACAAUGUGAACUGUUAUUGAAGUAGAGGAACAAUGUUUGUGUCUCAUAUCACCCAGAAUUCGAAUUGGAUGACGAGAGAGGGAGAUGAGUUAUAGUGUGAGAGAGAAAGGAAGGAGAACGUGAGAGAGGGUCCUGAGUGAGUGAGGAGGUUACAAGGGGAGAGGAUUAGAGUAUGAGUCAAGCCUUUAAACUCCUGCAAACGUGUAGUGUCUGGGGACACGCCUGUAAACUCUUAGUUUACAGGCCUGACUCAUACUGUUAGAGAGUGUUUUUACCAGUAGAGAGAGAGGUCUGAAAGUGUUGCUUGAGAGAUGUAUUUGUGAUAUUCCAGUGUGUGUGUGUGUAUGGGCAGUAUAUGUUUGGGUUCAAAAGGUGGAAAUUGUCCUCCUUUGAUGUAUUCUUCUUUGUUACAUUUCUGAUGUUUUUUUUUGUGAGGAAAUUCCAUGUGGGAUGUGAAUAAGGGGGGGGGGGGCUUCAAGCAUUUGCACCUUUGCAAAGUGUGCACCUGUUAUUUUUAAGUAAUGAAACCUAAAAUAAUGAACAAAAGGUAAAGGUUAAGAGAAGGAUAAUAACUAAGUUGAUGUAUCAAUGAUGAUUGUUUUUUGUUCCCUUAUAAAGAUACCAGGUGAAAACUUUGAGUAAAUCUAACCUGAUCAAUGCAGACAUCUCACAUCCUCCUGUUCUCAGAUCUCAUAUUUUUCUAUCAAUCUCUCUAUUUUUGUACAUGUUGUUCGGCUCAGGCCAUAGUCUUGUUGAUUGCCAUGUUCCAAGAGGUUGUAAAGAGUAUUAAUGCAAGUGUGUGUGUGUGUGUGUGUGUGUGUGUGUGUGUGUGUGUGUGUGUGUGUGUGUGUGUGUGUGUGUGUGUGUGUGUGUGUGUGUGUGUGUGUUUGUGUGUUUGCACAUGUGGGUGAGAGAAUGUUAUUUCAAUGGUGACUCAUACGCACAACCCACUGGGCACAGACGUCAGUUCAAUGUCUAGUUUUGAGUUGUCAACUAACGUCAAUUCUGCUUGAAAUCAACAAAACAUUUCCCCAUGUCAUUGGAUUUAGCUUAAAAGUGGGUGAAAAGAGACAAAAUGCCCUCAUGUUGAUCACUUUUUAAUAAUGCAAUCAGUUUUUCACAUUGUUUCAACAUCAUCACAUAGAUUGUUUGGGUUGAAAUUACGUGGAAACAACGUUGAUUCAACCAGUUUUUGCCCAGUGGGAACCUUUCAAAUGCAGACUCACUUGUGUCCAUGGCAUUGCUCAUGCAAUUUCUUUUGUUUUCUUUCUUUUUUGUUUCAAAAUGUUAUUCUCUAAGAAAUAUGUCUUUUUUGAGUUUCUCUCAAUGUGUUAUUGUUGUGUAAAUGUCUAUUUUGAUUGCCAACCAAUAUGGGAUUGGCCAAAAAUUUGAAAAGAAUGUGUGAACACAUUUGUCUAAGAUGAAUUACUUUAUCAUUAAGAAGGAAGAAAAAACAAUUAUGCACUCCUGUAGUCAAUUAUGAAUUCAUUAUCUUUUCAGUUUUUCCAAAAGUGUAAAGUACAGAAUACAGUUGAAGUCGAAGGUUACAUACACCUUAGCCAAAUACAUUUAAACUCAGUUUUUCACAAUUCCUGACAUUUAAUCCUAGUAAACAUUCCCUUUCUUAUGUCAGUUAGGAUCACCACUUUAUUUUAAGAAUGUUUAAAUGUCAGAAUAAUGGUAGAGAAAAUUAUUUAUUUCAGCUUUAAUUUCUCUAAUCACAUUCCCAGUGGGUCAGAAGUUUACAUACACUCAAUUAGUAUUUGGUAGCAUUUCCUUUAAAUUGUUUAACUUGGGUUAAACGUUUCGGGUAGCCUUUCACAAGCUUCCCACAUUAAGUUGGGUGAAAUUUGGCCCAU